AUGUCUGUCUCUUUAGUACGAGGUCUCACGACCCCUUUUCAAAAGGCAGGCCGGCUCACAGCGCCAUCCUCUCGCUUCGGAGUCAACUCUUGGCCACUCGAAAGAAGCACCAGGGGGUUUGGCACUUUCAAGGCACCUCCAGUCCGCAACGAGCCAAAUCCAUCAUAUAGCAAGGGCUCAGUCGAGCGUCAGAAGCUCCAACAUGCGAUCUCACGGCUGAAGAGUAACCUUCCCGUGCGAGUACCAUCCCUGGCACCUGAAAUCACAAACGCAAAGUCAGUGCUAGCCAAGCAAUACCUACCAAGCGACCACUCCGUCGCGUUGGCCGAAUACGCCCAGACGAGCCCCGAGCAGGUGUCAAUAGCCAUUGACAGGGCGUUGGAAGCCAAACCCGCGUGGGAGAACACGUCUUUCAAGGAUAGGGCUGCCGUCUUUCUUAGGGCGGCGGAGCUCAUUGCGGGAAAGUAUCGCUACGACAUUAUGGCUGCGACGAUGCUCGGGCAGGGGAAGAAUAUUUGGCAGGCUGAAAUUGACUCGGCAGCGGAGAGUUGUGAUUUCUUGCGUUUCAAUGUGCAUUACGCAGCUCAGCUGUAUGACCAACAGCACGCGUUGACUGAUGCCGGAUUCAUGAAUCGAACAGAAUACCGACCGCUAGAGGGCUUCGUCUAUGCCAUCAGCCCCUUCAACUUCACCGCCAUCGGCGCCAACCUGACCGUCGCACCCGCCAUCAUGGGCAACGUCGUCCUCUGGAAACCCUCCGACUACGCAAUCUACUCGAGCUACCUCCUCCAAAAGGUCUUUGAAGAGGCCGGCCUGCCCGCCGGCGUGAUCCAGUUCCUCCCCGGCGAGCCCGAAGCAAUCACCUCGGCCGUCCUCGACCACCCCCAGUUCGCAGCGCUCCACUUCACCGGAUCCACGAACGUCUUCCGCCAGCUGUACGGCAAGAUCGGCGAGGGAGUCGCCUCGGGGCGGUACGAGAGCUACCCGCGCAUGAUCGGCGAGACGGGCGGCAAGAACUUCCACCUGGUGCACGGCAGCGCCGAUGUGCGGAACGCGGUGGUGAAUACUGUUCGGGGCGCCUUUGAGUAUCAGGGGCAAAAGUGCUCUGCGACGUCGCGUCUCUACGUCGCCGAGUCCAUCUGGCCAGAGUUCAAGGAGAUGCUUUUGCGGGAAACGAAGAACCUGAAAGUCGGCUCCCCCGAGCAGGUCGACAACUUCAUCGGACCCGUCAUCCACGAGCGCUCGUGGACAAAACUCCGCGAAGUAAUCGAGGACGCCAAAAAGGACCCCGCAGUCGAGUUGCUGGCCGGCGGUCACACAGACAACAGCCAGGGCUGGUUCGUCUCGCCCACCAUCUUCCAGACCAACAAAGCCCACCACAAGCUCAUGAGGAACGAGCUCUUCGGCCCCAUCCUCGCCGUCCACGUCUACCCGGACGCGAAGUACGAGGAGAUGCUCCCUAUGAUCGACUCCACGACGCAGUACGGGCUGACGGGCGCCGUCUUUGCCCGCGACCGGAGCGCCAUUGAGGCGGCGGAAAAGGGGCUGCGCCACGCGGCUGGCAACUUCUACGUCAACAGCAAGAGCAGCGGUGCCGUUGUUGGGCACCAGCCUUUCGGAGGUGGUCGUGCGAGCGGUACCAAUGACAAGGCCACCAGCGUAAAUCUUUUGACACGCUUUACCAGCAUGAGGAGUAUGAAGGAGGACCUUGUCGGCGCAGACACUGUGUUGUACCCUUCGAAUGAAGCUUGA